CAUUCCGUUUGUUUUUACUUUUAUUUUCUAUUGCUUAAUUUCUACUGAUAACUGAGAUUAACUUUAUAAAAUAAUAUUUUUUUUGCAAUAUUUAAAUCGAUUCAAUUUAAAGUCAAGCUUAAGUUUACAACGUUCCUCCACAAUAUUCUGCGGAAUUGCUGUAAAAUAUUCGAGCAAAAUGUAAAUGCAAAACGGACACCGUACCAAUCUAAUCAGGAAAAGAAAGCCAAGCUCUUGAAGUUGAUAAUAUAUGUCUAAGCUAAUGAAUUAAUUGUUUAAAUUCAUAUUCGCUGCAAAGAAGAUUUGCAGAAUGAUGAAUGUAACAGCCCAACGAGUGAAAGAAUUGGACAAUGCCGAGGAAGAUAAGGAAUUUAUUAACAUCGAUAAUGAUAACGACGAAAUUACAGAAACCGAUGAGUCUCUUUUAGCGGUAUUGGAUUUUAUAAAAACUGAAUCUGAACUUCAAGCUCAUGAUGUGAUGACAGCCAAAAAAACAAAUCCGACAAAUCCAUACGUUGAAGAAAAUUUUCAAAAACUAUUGCGUGCAGAAAUUGAAAACAAUUUGGCUAUGCAGAAGAGAGAAGUAUCGGAUGCCGUUGAAUCAUCGGAGGAUUUAAAGCAAAACAUGUGUUUAGAAGAUCAUAAUUACGCAUUUGCACCAAAAAACUUCAAACAUCCGGUAUCAGCGAACGCUUUUCUCAAACUAGCACACGUGGAAAAGGGGUUGGCAAACCCACAACACGAAGGAAGUCUGAAAGUUGAAGUUGAAAAUGUUUACAAUCAUCUGAAAACACAAUUGAAAGAUGAAUCAUUCUCGAAUGCGUGUAGUCCGAAACGAAUUGACAAUUAUAAAAAACCAUUAAAGCGCACCAUUAGUCCGGAAAUCGCAAACAAGCAAUGCAAUGAGAAUACCAUCGAUUCUAAGGGUCUCUUGAAAAUUAGAAAACCGGACUCAAUAAAUGUACUGUUUAAAGAAACUGAUCGCUUUGAAGGUAACGCAGAUAACUACACGAAAGACGACGAGGGCCAAUUAACGCAAUUAAAAACAAAGUUGGAAACCGGUAGGGCAAGAGGAGAACAACAACAAGCAAAUAUUAAUUUAAUUAAUUUUGAAUAUGCGAAAAACACCAUCGACACUUUACAGUCCACGAAUUCGGAAAUUCAAUCCUUAAAAUGUCAAACGGCUCAGUUCGAAAGAAUACAGAAACAGCGGCGAUCGUCGACGAAAGGAAAAAGCCAAAAUAGGGGUCAUUUCAUCUCACCAUUGAACAGUAAUCAAAGUGCUAAGACUUCAAGGUGUUCAGAGUCGUCCAAAAUUACCGAACGGCAAUUACAAAGCGACAAAGGUAAAAGCGUUUCGCAAUCAAAAAUAGAAACGCAGAAACGUCUGAAUUCUCUAAAAGCUCGGGCAAACCUAAACGAACAACUCAGCAGUAGCGUAUAUAAGGGAAGCACUAAUCGUUCAGCAAAUAUUACAUUUAAACCGACGACUUGUUCAAAUUUGCGAUCUAAUUUGAUUACAUUUUCCACUAAAUCCCUGUCAAAGACUAAUUUGAACUCACCCACUUGUUGCUUAAGUCAAGUUAAACCAUUGGAUUCGGCCAAUGUCUUUCGUCCCAAUAAAUCAAACGAGGAAAGAUUAGCAGCUACUAAUAACCUAACUAAUGUCAACAAGUCUGAGGGGAAUUUUAGCUUUAACGAUGGCCAUAAAGCUAAAAUUUACCAAAAGCCUCCACCAGAUUUACUAAUGAAGACAAUCACAGCUUUGACAAAGAAUUCGUGCUAUAAAAAAAUGCGGCCAACACUUGUCGAAAGUAGUGUAGAGAAAAACAGAAAUGAAUCGCUUCAAGUAAUAAAUGCCAGCAAUCCUAUAAGUUCGAGUAAUUUUCAAUUUGCCAGCCAGCGAGAAAAUGUCUCAUUAAAUAGCUCAGAGAUUGCAUCGUUAGAAUCGAAUUGGAAUUCGAAUGCGAAUUCGAAUUCGAAGGAGAUAGCGUCGCAGUUAAUAAGUUCAGCGAAACUGUUUGCUCAGAGCAGUAAGAAGAAGAAGCAAGUAAAGAAAAAAUCAAAUUUUACAGAGAUUAUUGAAUACGCCAUAAGGAAUAAAUUGGUGGACUAUAAGAAUGUGACGUCCAUACAAAAUAAUGAAGAUUUCGAUGUCAUCAUUAAUUUAUAUAAUAGUCAACGAGAAGGCGGGAUCAAGUAUGCAAACAAUAAAAGAGCGCGUAAGCGGAUUUCGGCGCGCGUUCGUUAUAAACUUAAGCUGAAGGAUCCUAUGUUUCGAAAUAUUGAUGCCAACGAAUCAAUAAAUGAUAAUGAAAAUACGCCAACGUCGUCUAGUAAAAUGGAUGACAUAGCGAAAACGCCCGAUGAAACAUCGGAGUCCGUGAAGCCUCAAAGUCCAUUUGACAAACCGCCGCUAAAAAACGCUUUAUAUUUUGCUUUGCAUAGUGGAUUAAUUACAUCGGACGAAUUCAACAAAUGUCAAAGCGCGCAAGAGAAUCUACAGGCAGUGCUUUCAGUAUUAAAUGAGAAAAUGAAAAAUAAUUUGGAAAUUUAUCAGAAAACUUUAAAAAUGAGGAAAAUGAUAGUUAACGGCUUAGCAAAAUAUUGCAGCAAGAACGAACAAGACAGUUCGCGCAGUGUCAACAAUAAAUUGGAGCUCGCAGCAUUUCGUUUAAAUCACUUGAACAGCAAACCCAAAACAAAUAUCUUAUCAAACAAUUCUCCCUCGUUCAACUCCCCUACCUCUUCAAUGGACCAUACAAAUGAACAAACGCGAGACUCGCUAUUGAGUGAAGAAGAAAUACCGUAUUUUAUUAUGCCAAUACCCAAUUACGGGCAAACUGAUUGCAGUGCUGUGGCGGAAAUAUAAUUUCCAUUAUAUAUUAAGCUUUAUAAUCCUUUGAGAAGCAUUGUAUAUAUGUUUCAUUUAGUUUUUCUCCUUAUCAUAGAUUG